GACUAUUAGCCAAUCCCAGCACAGGAGGCGGGAUUUUGACAGCUUAGCUCGGUUAGCCUCGUGUAUUUUUUUUUUUCCAAAAACAAUAUUAAUGUUUCGUGAGUAAUAUUUAAUCAUGUUUGCACUAAACGGUCAUCACUGGAUUCAGAAAUGUUUGUUAUCUCGACAUACUAGUGGCGUAGUGACCACAAUGCGUAAAAUAAAGCUGGAGACUCCAGAUGGACAUCAAAACAUGUCCUUGAGGAGAGCCUUUCCAUUUCAGUGUCUCGGAGUAACAAACUUUCACACCUGUGUGUGUCAGUGUCGAGACCUGCUGAAGAUGAUGUUCACUACCAAGAGGAAGAAAAAGUGGUAUGAAACUCCUCAGUCUGUACUCACAGGUCAGUCUGGCUUCAUGAAACCAGCCAAGAAAAGAAGCAUGGAGGACAGUUUACGAGUGCGAACCCUGAACACCAUCCUUUAUAAAGCCAUCUCAGACCUGCUGUCCUCUCAUGAGGUUAAUGCACAGAUCCCCAGUUACAAUGUGGAGAUCACUAAAGUUUCAUUGCUAGCAGAUUACUCUGUUUGUCGAAUCUACUGGAAGACAAGUUUGUCCUCUGACAGAGACAGUCAGAUUCAGCAGACUUUGGACAAAUGUGCCCCGCGGAUACGAUACCUUCUAAUCUCACAGCAGAUCUUGGGCAGUGUUCCUCCUUUAGUUUUUGUCCUAGAUAAACAGUAUGCGGCUCUGAAAGAGGUGGAAAAUCUUCUAAAGAUUGCUGAUUAUGGCCCCAGUGAUGACUCGAAGAAACUUGUCCUUAAUGAGAAAGAUGCCGAGACAAGACUGUACACAGUGGAGAAGAAGAGAGUCGUGUUUGGCAUCGAUCAUGAUGCGCUCUAUAAACAGAUUGAGGACUACAAACAGCAGUCGAGAGACUCUAGCUCACAGAUCAGCAGCUCAGCAUCUCUAACUCAAGAGCAGCUAGACACAUUAGCAGAGAUCAGGAAGCAGAAGCUCAUUGAAAAAAAGAAACACAAAGCGAAGAAGAUGAAAGAUGAUGACAUCACGCCCAAAGAGUUCCUGCUCAUGAGGCAACUUCAGAAAGAGCAGGAUGAGCAAUAUGACACUGAGCGUGAUGCAGAGGACCAUCAGGGCUCAGAGCAGACACGAUGAAAGGAAUCACUGAAAAAGAGAAUUUUAUCUUGAAAUACAAAUUGAUACAAAGAAAUUACUUCCAUUGUGUGUUUGUUACAGCUGUAACAUUUUCUCAUUUUUGCAAGCAUUUUGGUAUAAUUAAUUCAUUAUAUAGUGGGUAUUUUUGUUAAAAAUAAAAAAAUAGAACUCUAUAUUCUUAUUUAUGUAAUACAUAUAUAUAAAAUAUAAUUUUUUUUUUUUUUUUAAACUUUGCUUAUGUUACCCCAGACUUGUCAGUUGUUUUAAAUUGGGGGAUGUUCUAGGGCACAAACUAAGGGGUAUGCAGAACAGAUGUGAUUGGCUGGGGCAAGACAGUGACUGAGACAAUAAUUACUCACUGCAAAAGAUAGAUAAGAUAAGUGACAAAUUCGUAAAUGAUACAAGAGAUUUAACCAAAAUAAAUUUCAAAUGAUCACAAUCAAAUCAUACUUCUAAGGACAAAUUUACUUUUUAUUUCGCAUGCUUUUCCAUUGCCUUUUCACCUUUGUGUGUGACUGCCCUGCAUCCCUGCUGAAAAACCCAUAUUAUUCUGACCAGCUACCAAAACACAGGCCGAGCUGGUAGACCACUGUUGCAGUUGGUAAUAGAAAGUUGCUGACCUGAAUCCCAUAGAACAGUUGAGGACUGAGCUGAAAAAGCAUCUGUCAGGAGGAAUGAGCAAAGAUUUCAGCAAAGUAUUGUGAGAAGCUCGAGGAAGUCUAGCCUCAAGCUGUGCCACCAAGUACCAACACCAACACUUUUGAUCCACUGAAAAUCUGAUAUAAUAAAUCUGGCUCUUAUCUAUUAUUUUGAAAUGACCUGUUAUGGAAAUCAGGUAGAUACCCUAAUUGACUCAACACAGGAAAUGUAUGGUAAUAUGAAAUGUGUGGAAUUGUGAAAAAUUGAGUUUGAAUCUCUUUAUCCAAGAUGUAUGUAAAAGUUUGGCCUCAACUGUACCAAUGCAUUUCUGAGAGUGAAGAAUUAUAUUGCACUGUAUAGACCUCAAGAGUAUUGCAGACUAGUGUUUCAUCUUUUAAGAGAGAACCCUAAAUAUACUCAGAGGUCAAGAGACUUUUUACU